AUGACAAAUAUGUUAGAUUUAAACUUUCGCCUCGUCAGUGGUAAAGCAAUUGCUCUAAGUGUUCCAUCUGACAAACUUAUAUCCCACAUCAAGACAUCCAUCGCUAGGGAAUGUGAUAUCGCAGCCGAAAACCAAAGGCUCAUAUUCAGGGGCCAAUUGUUGAAUAACGAACGUACAAUCGGAUCGUACUACGUCGAAACCGGUGAUACGAUACAUGUAGUUGGCAAUGCAUCGGCAAACACCGGAGACCAGCAGCAGACUCAGACUCAAAAGGACGCCCAAAAUGCACAAAACAAUAAAGGGAAACCUCCGUUCAACUUUGGAGAAACCGUGGCUUCAUCGAUGGGUAUGCUUAUGCGAGAAUUUCUAACAAACCCGGGGAAUGCAAAUGGACCUCUGUCUGGCCUGACCGCAGCAUUUGCCGACGGGGCGUUCCAAACUCGACCAACACAAACAUCCAACACUUCAGAUCGACACAACGUUGAUUGGACCACUGAUAGUGAAGGAACAGAAAGGUUGCUGAGACAAAGUAUGCAAUUUGCGCAACAGUUGAGCGGUGCGCAUGGUGAACUUGGAGAUGUUGCAUCUAAACUGCUCUCAGGUGUUAUGGGAGGUUUCUUAAAGCCGGAGGGACGCAGAAGCACGCAUUCCCCUCAGACGGCGUCAUCCAAUGAUGCCAAAAACUCCAAAGCGCCUGUUCAAGAGACCCAGACACCCACGGUACGGGAAACCCAUACGAACGAUAACAUCUCCAAGCCUACCAACGACAGAACGGAAGAGACUCGUCGGUCUGUUCAAUCCGCCGUAACCAGUGCAAAGGAUACCCUUAACCGGGUAUGUGAUUCUUUGAAGCGAUUAGGCUCGGAGUCAACCACCUGCACCGAUAAAUCUGACAAGAAUAGCACAAUUGAUGCAGACAUCGACCCUUUGGUGAAAUCCGAAGCCAAUAUUACAGUGAAACAUACGUCUAGCGGCAGUUUCCUGAGUGAUUCAAAGGGAGUUAAUUCGAUGUUACCGUGGACACUUUUGCAUUCGCUCGAAAAGGAGCUGGAUAUAGUGUACCAACCAAAUGAUGACAACCGAGGCGUUAACGACUUCAUGAAGCGUUACCGCCAUGCCCAAACUAAGGCAAAUCACGCUGUAGGCGUGUUAGAAGAAAUAUCCGAUCGAUCGCAGCGAAUCGACUUAGAUACAGUCUCUCAGAUUGCUGUAAUAUCUUCGAUCCAAGCUGCAUUGCAAAGUGAGAUUGCAUUGAUUGCCGCAGUUUUAUGCAAAAAAGCCUCACAAGCGCCGACCGCGGCUCAGGGUAGCAAUGCGACAACUGCGAAUGCAGAAGAAACGCGCACCACGUUACUUAGUAGUUCAUCCACCACCUUGCCGUCCACACGUAGAGCACCUUUGGAAAGUGCAACAUAUUACGGGGACAACACUAGUGUAAAUCAGACAUUCUCAAGUGCAUUGGCGUCCUCAGAACGUGGAGGUAGGCACGGUGUCGGCACUUCUGCGACAAACAGCAUAAACGACGACUUUGGACGCAAUUUAAGUGCACUCCUUUCCAGCUUCGGUCAAAUGCCGGAAUCUGCCAUGAUGCAAGGGUAUCCACCCUCACCUAUCCCUACUUCUACCUACACGACUAGUGACGACGUGCUUCUAGAUUCCACAUGGCUUCGUCGCCAGUUCAACCAGUACUUUAAUAGCACAGGUUUCAAGUCGAGAAUGGACGAUCUCGUCCGGAAAACAAAGAACCUGAGCGACAACUAUUGUAAAGGCACUCCUUCCAACCGGGAGCCAUAA